GUCCAUGUCUCCAUGCAGGGGCAGGAAGCUCUCUUUUCUGAAAACAUGUCCUUAAAAGAAGUCACCAAACUUUUGCAACAGCAGCAAUCAGCAACAACACCAACACAGGAAAAUGCAAGGACACAGUGGCAGACCACACCAGAUAUAUUAUUGGCCACAGGACAAGAAAACACUGAAAAUAAUCACAAUAAUUUCUGGAAUGCUACUGAAGUAAGGGUUGGAGAGAGUUGUACUGGAAAUGAAAUGAACUCCCUUAUCAUUCAGAAAAUGCAGUAUCCUGAGCAUGAAAAGGCAGGGGGUCAUUUUCAAUUCCCUCUUGGUGCCAAAAGUGCAAAUCAAGGCAAAUCAAAUCAUCCUAUAGAAUUCUUGAAUGCUUCUACUUCUGAAGAUGUGCCCAUGGAGGAAGAACCAGUGAUAUUCUCCAAGACAAACAUUUCUGAAGACAGGUUAGAUGGUUAUUACACUUCCACAAGUGCUACUCAAGUAAAUAGUGCUGAUAUUAUUCCCAGGAACAGGAAGAACUCCAGACUCUUUAUCCAGAGAGUGUAUCAUCCUGGGCCUGAAAUGAGAGAUGUUUCUUAUGAAGUUCCUCAGGAUUCUACAAGAGCAAGUCAAGGAACGUCUACAUGCCAGGAAGAGUCAUUUAGGGAAUCUUUUUCUGAAGAAGACCCAAGGGAGGUACCAGAGUUUCUCUCAAGGACAGAGCAGCCUCCCUCUGGGCCUCUCAAUCUUUGCAGGAAUCAUGAAGCAAAUACCACAUAUGAAAGUCACCAAAGAAUCCAUAGAGAUCCCAAACCAGACAAAUGUGAUGAAUGUCCAAGGACCUUCAAAUAUGCCUGUAACCUUUCAUUGCACCGGAAAACACAUCAGAAUAAGAGGGCAUUUGUCAGUCCCACAUGUCAGAAAAAAUUUAAACGAGUCUCUGAUCUCCAAAUUCAUGAGAUCAGUAACAAACCAGAGAAGUCAUUCACAUGCAGCACAUGCAAAAGGUCCUUCAGCCCCAAGACCAACAUGAAGGUUCAUGAGAGGAUCCACACAGGAGAGAAGCCUUACAGCUGUACCCAAUGUAACAGUACCUUUCGCCAGUCAUCCUCAUACUACCGCCACCUGAGGAAGUACCAUAAAUCUGAAUGA